AUGUCUGAGUCAGAUGGCAGUCCUGAAGGAAGUGAAAAACCUUUGUACUCGUUGGAUGACUUCCUUGAAGAGGAGCAGGUCAUAGAUGAUGUUCUUCAUCAAGCCAAGGUGCUGAUACAGUCUAGUGUCAAAGAACUUGAGAAGGAGGCUGCUGACCAUCGAUUCAAUCCAAGGAAGCACAUUAAAAGGCCACGAGAGGAAGCACAUACAAAGCUAGUGAAUGAUUAUUUCUCAGAAAAUCCUCUGUACCCUUCCAAUAUUUUUCGCCGAAGAUUCCGCAUGUCUAGGCCACUAUUUUUGCGCAUCGUUGAUGCCUUGGGCCAGUGGUCUCCGUAUUUAACACAGAGGGUCGAUGCCCUUAAUUGGCAAGGGCUAAGUCCACUACAGAAGUGUACUGCAGGUAUCCGCCAAUUGGCUCUUGGUAGUUCUGCAGAUGCACUAGAUGAGUACUUAAAGAUCGGGGAGACAACUGCAAUGAAGUGCUUGAAGAAUUUUGUGAAAGGUGUUAGAGAGGUAUUUGGUGCAAGGUAUCUAAGGCGUCCCACAAUGGAAGAUGCUGAACGCCUACUAAAACUUGGUGAGAGACGAGGGUUUCCUGGUAUGUUUGGCAGCAUUGACUGCAUGCAUUGGCAGUGGGAAAGAUGCCCAAAUGCUUGGAAGGGUCAGUUUACUCGUGGUGAUCAGAAACAUCCAACGUUGAUUCUUGAGGCGGUGGCAUCACAUGACCUUUGGCUUUGGCAUGCAUUCUUCGAAGAAGCGGGUUCUAACAAUGAUAUUAAUGUUUUGAACCAAUCUACUGUAUUUAUCAAUGAGCUCAAAGGACAAGCUCCUAGAGUCCAGUACACAGUUAAUGGAAAUCAGUACAACAUUGGGUACUUCCUUGCUGAUGGAAUAUAUCCUGAAUGUGCAGUAUUUGUUAAGUCAAUUAAACUCCCUAUCGGUGGGCAUUAUAGCAGUGAUAAUUCAUCUUCAUUGCUGUCUAAGGAGGAAGGGCUCUAUGGGGGGAAAUUAUCUAUCUUCUGGAAGUGA